CCUCCCCAAUCGAAAUGCUCUCCGCUUCUUCAAAAAUGGUGCUUGCACCAUCCCUGUCUGAGAGCCUGGUCAUUCAAAGCUCUCCUCGUCGUCGUCGGCGGCCAGAGUUCUGGAAAGUCGUUGGUGUUAGAGAGCAUCGUCGGGCGUGAUUUUCUUCCGAGAGGAUCUGGAAUGGUGACCAGGAGGCCAUUGGUCUUGCAGCUGCACAAGACAGAACAGGGAAUGCAGGAAUACGCCGAGUUCCUCCACUUGGAAAAGAAAAGAUUCACUGAUUUUUCUGCUGUUCGAAGAGAAAUUCAGGAUGAAACUGACAAAAUUACUGGGAGAUCAAAACAGAUAUCUAAUGUUCCUAUUCAUCUCAGUAUCUACUCCCCAAAUGUUGUCAAUCUAACUUUGAUAGAUUUGCCUGGUUUAACCAAGGUUGCUGUAGAGGGACAGCCAGAGAGUAUCGUUCAAGACAUUGAAAACAUGGUUCAUUCUUAUGUUGAGAAGCCUAAUUGCAUCAUUCUGGCAAUAACUCCAGCCAAUCAGGACAUAGCAACAUCUGAUGCUAUCAGGAUUGCUAGACUAGUUGAUCCUACAGGUGAAAGGACAUUGGGUGUGUUGACAAAGCUUGAUUUAGUGGACAAGGGAACAAAUGCUUUGGAUGUUCUUGAAGGAAGGUCUUAUCGGCUGCAACACCCUUGGGUCGGAAUUGUGAACCGUUCACAAGUUGAUAUUAACAAAAAUGUGGAUAUGAUUGCUGCCAGGCGGAGGGAGCGUGAAUUUUUUAAUUCCAGUCCAGAUUACGCACAUUUGGCAAGCAAAAUGGGUUCAGAAUAUCUUGCAAAUCUUCUCUCAAAACAUUUGGAGUCUGUAAUUAAAGCUCGCAUUCCAGGAAUAGCAUCUUUGAUCAAUAAAAGCAUCAGAGAACUUGAAGCGGAGUUGGAUUAUCUUGGUAGACCUGUUGCUAUUGAUGCAGGGGCACAGUUAUAUACUAUCCUAGAGUUAUGCCAGGCAUUUGACCGGAUAUUCAAGGAGCAUUUGGAUGGAGGACGACCUGGUGGAGAUUAACCAGAAGCUGAUUGCUGUCGGGGAAAGUGACGACGAGGACGAAAUCGAGAUCGUGAAGUCCCUGCCAGAGCCACUUCGUGAAUUUGCUUCACAGUUUCUUAUUGAAUUGGCUUCAAAAGCUGCAUCAUCCAAUCUAGUGCUUGCAGAGCUGAUUAAAUGCUCCUCGAAGAUGGGCUUGUCGUACUUGAUUCCAAAUGCCCAUGUUCAGAUGGCUCCACCAGUGCUUCAUAUACCUUCAAGGAUAGUGGUGUUUUAUCCGAUCGACAUGCAGCUACAAAGGAGUUGGAGGUUGAUAUCCCAGAUUCAUCCAAGCUCUAUUCUCCCUCUGGGAUGGUUGAAUCAAAGUCAGUGGGAACGUUUUCAUCUUUCCAAAAGCAAGAUAGUCACAGGGGUCUCUUUGUGGAUAGGGGUGUUGGAUUUCCUAGGCUAGUUAAAUCUUCU